AUGGGAAUUCAUGCUCAUUCACUAGGGCAGAGACGUGGAGCCCGGAGCGAUGCUCCCCAGUCCUCAUCAGGUGCAACACCGGGUCAGCCGCAGGUUGGGUUAGAGACGCAGACCUCCACGAAUCGGGGGUGCGACCGGAUGCUGACCAUGCAGGAGAGAGCGGCUGGACUCAUAGUUCCAGAAUUUUCUGGACUGAGCAUGCAGCACCACCACAGAGGUGCCGACGACGACGGCGGCAAUGUCGCUGUGCCUGCAUCCCUUGACUCCGCUGAUUCAUAUGUACCUGGGGACUCGCUCACUCACCUUGGCACUCUGCGUGGGAGAACGGAACUGUCACCACUACCUGAAUGGAAUAGUAAACUGGAGCAGGGCUUGGUGCAGCAGUCUGGACUGAGCAGAGAUUCUGUCUGUCAGUACCUGCAGCUUCGCCCAGACCAGACUGUUCUGAUCCUGCACGCCAAGGUGGCACAGAAAUCCUACGGCAAUGAGAAGCGGUUUUUCUGCCCUCCACCGUGCGUGUACCUCAGUGGCCUUGGGUGGAAGCUGAGGCAGGAUCGUCUGAAAGCCAGUGGCUUAGGAGACUCAUGCUGUCAGUUAUAUGGAUACAUGGGCCUGGACAACACGGGAAGUGCUCAGGUGGACACCUUUAAACUCACCUUUGAGGAACAGCCUGGUGGAAAGAAGUUUGCCUGUGCGAAGGCCCUGUACAUAUCCGACGCAGAUAAAAGAAAGCACUUCCGUCUGGUCCUGAAGCUCUUCCUCAGCAAUGGGCAGGAGAUCGGCUGCUUCUACAGCAGGCUCAUCAAAGUGAUCUCCAAGCCGUCUCAGAAGAAGCAGUCCAUGAAGAACGCUGACCUGUGUAUCUCAUCAGGUUCGAAGGUGUCACUGUUUAACCGGCUGCGUUCCCAGACAGUCAGCACGCGUUACCUGGCGGUUGAGGGCGGGGCCUUCGUCGCAAGCGCGAGACAGUGGGCAGCCUUCACCGUCACUCUGGUUGACGACCAGCAGGCAGAGCAGGGGGAGUAUUCACUGCGAGAAGGCUACAUCUGCUACGGCUGCGUACUCCAGCUGAUCUGCACAGUCACAGGCAUCGCACUGCCCCCUAUGGUGAUCCGAAAGGUGAACAAGCAGCAUGCGAUUCUGGACGUGGAUGAGCCUGUUUCUCAGCUGCACAAGUGUGCUUUCCAUUUCAAGGGCAGCGACAAAAUGUACCUGUGUCUCUCAAAUGACAAAAUCAUACAGUUCCAGGCAGAUCCGUGCCAGAAGGAUCCCAGCAGAGAGCUGCUGAAUGACGGCUCCUGUUGGACCAUCAUCGGCACGGAGACCGUGGACUACACCUUCAGCCAGAGCCUGGCGUGCCUUCAGACCUCCGUCACACCCAUCCCCGUCAUCAGCGCCCUGGAGCUUAAUGGAGGUGGUCAUGUGGCUAUGCUGGAGAUCCAAGGGGAGAACUUUGGGCCACAUCUGAAGGUCUGGUUUGGAGAUGUGGAGGCAGAAACCAUGUUCAGGUCACCUAAGUCAAUGCUGUGCGUGGUGCCGGACGUAUCUGUGUUCAGUGGGGAGUGGAGGUGGCUGAGACAGUCCAUUACUGUCCCCCUGUCCCUAAUCCGACUGGACCGCCUCAUCUACAGCAGCACCUUCAGCUUCACCUACACCCCCGAGCACACACCCCCGCCUCUGCCCACAGCUACCCCUGUGUGCCCCGCUGACUCCGACUCUCUCCUAGACUCCAUCCACCAGGAAUUCACGCGCACCAACUUCCACCUUUUCAUGCAGAGUUAG